ACGCAUCAUUUGAUUAAGUGUUGGAGGAGACACAAAACUCCCUAUGUGGAUUGAUCCCUUUUUCUUCUUUAUUACUCAUUCUUAUUUUGAAGGUACUAUAAAAAUUAUCAUGUGUACAUACACAACUAUAUCCAUGUUCUUUGCUUUUCUGACUAUGAUAUGUUAUCCAGUUAGGGUGAAUGACGAUGAUGUGUCAUUUAUGUGAAUGUUUAAAUAUUGUUGUUGACAAUGUGUCGAGUCCAUGAUAGUGUCAUUUUGGUGUCGGCGUAUUAAUUGCUAGUCAUAUGUACCUUACAAGCCAAUCACGUGAGUGAUGGUACGUGUGAUAUGAUACGUAUUCUUUUUGCUUAUUAUAUUAUUUGGUAUUUUAUCAUGUAUGUUGUAUAUAUUAUAAUGUCCGUGGAUCUGUGCAAUAUGAAUCAAAUCGUGUUGAGAUCACGAUAAUGAGAUCGAUUCGCCUUUAAACACAGACCCUAAAUAAUCCUAGUCAUAGAUCACUUGAAAGGGGCAUCGAGAUGACCGAAUAGAUUGGUGUGUUAUACACUCGUCUAUAUGAUGGAGGCGGUUGGUCUUAUAGCUGCUCGUGUGGAGACACUAUGGAUACAGUGUAGGUGCUCAUUGAAGAAUAAGUUCACUGAUUGAUUCAUUUACAAAAUGCUGGAUAGUUGAUGAUACCUUAUUGUCAGACAGCGAUUCUGUCAUGUCAGUAGUCUAUCUGUUCCUUAGACUUAAGACACCAAGGUUGUCCUGUAUGAGUAUUUCACUCUUUGAUAUUAGUCUUAUAUGUCUGGAAGUUCUAUAUCUAGUAUAGUCGAUUAUCAGGAGUGACAGUCAACCUUACGAGGAUUAUUGUGUGUCGAUAGAGGAUCAUCCGCUCUCGGUGUCAUGAGAGGAAUAUCACAUGUGUUUUGCUUAGGCAAAUCCCUGGCCAGGGUUAUUCGGAUUGAGAGAAAAAGUUAUUUGGGAGAAUCCGAUUAGAGCAAGACUCGAGUAGAAACCGUAUGAGCUUAACAGUAUCACGUCCGGUAUAUGGUCUUUGAGAUAUUAGAUGGAUGAAGGAUUAUAUACAUGGUAAUUGAGGAUAGACAUGUUCAAUUGAUUAUAUUCCCUUGUAUCAUCUAUGGACUAUGACGUAACGGCUUAAUACGUCUGCAAUCGAUGAGUUGAGUGAAUUAUUAUGAAGAUAAUAAUUUACUGAGCCAAAAGGAGUUUUGAUAUGUAUGACUCACAAUCAGCUCGAUAUUGGGCCUAGAGGGUCACAUACAUAUGGUAUGUGUUACGACGGGUAGAGGUUCAGAUAUGAGAUAUCCGCUAAAGCCUUUUUUUUAUUAAAUAUCCAAUAAGCCCUUGAAUUAUUAAAUCAUAUGGAUAAGAUCCAAUAAGAACCAACGAGAGAUUAUUAGGUAGAGACCUACUAUCCAAUACCCAAUAAGAGGCUUUGGUAGUUGGAUGGAAAUCCAAUACCCAAUAUGGCAAGAUCCAUUAGGGUUAAAUUGAUAGAGACCUCUAUAAAUAUGAGGGAAUCAAAUGGUCAUGGGUUAGGCUUUUUUAGCUGUCAUCUUCUAUUCUCCUCUUCUCCUCCUCAAUCUACAGCCCCUAUUUGGAAUAGAAGGGGCAACCCCUUUUUGAUUGUAUGGUAUGCACGAGGAAGAGAUUUGGACAGUGAUUUAAGGGGCGUCUUCAUAGCCCCUACUGUGUGGAUCACCACUAGAGAGGAGGACAAUUAACCUCAUUCAUCAUCUUCCACAGAUCUGUAGGUUUUUAAGAAUAUACAAUCUCUCUAGGUAACACAUCUUUCUUAUACGUGUAGUUUUCGGUUUCACGGGUUUUUCCAUAUCAAUUUUUGUACCAUGAUGAAACCUUAUUUUUUGUGGGAAAUUCUAGGAUUUUUAGUUUUUGUUCUUCCGCUGUGCAUAUCAAUUUUCGUCCUAAGAUUUUCCUACAUUAAUAGACUAAGAUUUUCCUACCUAAUUAGACUUUGUUUAUUUCUUUCUAAAUGAUAUUCACUGACCAUAAAUAAUUCGAAAGUGAUGUGCUUUCUUGAUCCUUUGAUUUGAUUGUUAUAAAUAUUUUGUUGGAUGAACAUUAUGUUGUAAAGUUGAGUUUGGAUUUGGUGUAGGAUUUAUUUUGUUUUCAUUACAUUAAAUUAUGAAUGUAAAUUGAUUAAAAUAUAUAUGCUUCUUUUUUCAAGUGAGGUAUUUUUUUAGAUGACAAUUUAAAGUUUCUCUUUGCAUACAUAUAACUAACUAUAUGUCAUUAAUAUUACAAAUAUUUUCAUAAUUUGUUCAUAUCAUGAUGGUGGGUCAGAGAUGAUAAUGUAUUUGUUAAUCUAGAUCUUCCAUCCUCGAGUGCAAUGAUCCUAAUGUCAUGGAUUUUGAUCAUGGAAUUUCCAUAAGACUAGGAAUCAGGGAAGCUACUAAACUGUGAUCUGAUGAACACCAUGGAUUUUGAUCAUUUAUGAGAUUAUGUAUUGGAGAUGUGACUUCAUUUUGAUCUCCAUUCCCUAAGACUAGAAUGGAAGUGCUUCAGCAGCAGAGGGUUAGGGUUCUUGCAUUGUCCAAAAUAAGACGAGCAAAUAGAGUUUACUACAACAGUUUAGAGAAAUUACUGCUUUCCUUUUCUUUUCUCCUAAGUUGCACAAGAUAUGAGCAAGAAUACAUAGGACCAAGUCAACCAUGGAUCCAAGCCUUUGUUGACUUGCAGAAAAAAUUCACAUCAAUGGGAGCCAGCCAAGCAGUUGACCUAAAUUUCAUUAUCAGCAUAAAUUAGCAGCUAUUCCAGUUGUUCAACAGCAACAGAAGCAAUUUUUCUAUUAUGAGUUUUUUUUUUGAGAGAAUAUAUGAUUUUUAUUUCUUGUUAUUUCAUAAUAAUGGAAUAGAUAUAUGUUACCUUCUUUGUUAGUUGAAUCCCACUUAUUCGAUAUGGAUGCCAGCAAAUUGAUCUACUGCUGUUGAUGUGCAUAGCUGCAUCAUAUGGUUUUUAUACACUUAUGAGAUAACUAAAUGCAAUGAAUUCAUACAUAUUAUACUCUUUGAUAUGGAAUGCAGAAAAUUUAAGGCCUUGGUUGGGUGUUUAACAUGCCAACUUAACCUCAAUGUGUAAUAUGUUUAUUCAUCCAGUUGUAUAGUCCAGAAAACAAUUCAAACAAGAACAUUGAAAAGAUGUUUUUUUCCCUUUUUUUUGUUUUUCUCACUUUAGCAUUAGCAAAUCCAAUGCAAACUAAUGGCAUGAUUAGUGGAGACUAAAAAGAAAGAAAGAAAAUGAUGAAUUCUUUAAGAGAUCCAUCAUUGGGAUGUUCUCAUAUGGUGGGCAACAAAUGAGAGCUUAUACUAUUGGUAUGAUACCUAGAUCUUAGGAAGUUCUUCUUAAUUAACCCAUAACUCAACUGAUCAAUUAAUUAAAAUGGUUCAUCUCAUAAGAUGAAGUUGCUAAUGGGGGUUCUUUGAACUUGUUAAAAGAAUUCAACUCAUGGGAGAAGAAAAGAAAGAAAUAGUGAAGAAGAUUGUUUUGGUUUCAUGGGCAGCGGAAAUGGUGUUGGGGGAGAGCUAGUUGGAGCUGGAGCUUAAUAGACAAGUGAUGUCAUGAUACCCAUUACUUGCAACUUGGUAAUCACCAGAGAAUUCCUUGGUUGUAUAAAGCUAUGGAUUGACAAAGCAAUUUUUCCUUUAUUUUUUUUGUCUCUGACAAAUAAUACAAUUAAUGAUAGUGUUGUUGUUGUCUUCUUAAUUAGAUGGUGAUAAAUUAGCAUUAAACAUAUACAUGCUAGCACCUUGUUUUAAGGUCUCAUGGAGGUAGUUCGAGAGGAUCCUAUCUUGUAGACUUGAUCAAUUUAGUCAAAAACUUUCCAUCAGUUUAGGUCUCGCAUUGCAAGGAAAACAAUGGAUUUUGUAGGCCAUUAUGGACAAUGGAAGACAAUUGAUGUAUCUAAUUUAAGCUUUCAAUUAAUACUAGUUUGAAGACAGCUAAGGGUUUCUCAUCCUUUGAGAUUGCCCACCAUCUGCCAAACCUAUGUCCCGUCCUUUUAAUCUACCUUAUCUGACCUUUGUGCAACAGCUCUCUCUCUCUCUCUCUCUUCAAUAUACAAAAUCGACUACCUUUGUCUUUGGGGGAUCUUGUGUAGUUUUAGUACUUACAUGGGCUGUGUUCUUGUGAGUUUUUAGCAACACUAGAGAUGAAGUGGGUGGGGAUGGAGCUGUUGAUCUAGAUGAAGUUCUCCACCGAAUCCCAUUUCAGUUUAAGUCCAAGGAAGACUGUGAACAUCUUUGAGGACUUGCUGAGAUUGAAAGCCUCCUUCCAUGGCUUGCAAGAUGAAAGGGCUCCUCAAGGGAAUAAAAUACAUCACCCACAUCUUUGUGCACAAGGAGCAGGAGAUGGAGAUUGGGUACCCGACAGAUGUGAAGCAUGUUGCUCAUAUUGGUUUUGACAAUCCAUUUUGGAUGGAUGAGUUCAAGUCAGCAUCUGAUUUCUCAGGCUCCCUCAGCAAUUAUGAGUCUGCACAUAGCUCUUGGGUUUCUCAAGAUUUUGAUCGACCAAGGGAGCUUCAAACAGCUUCUGCCAUGUUCAUGGAUCACCGUCUGCCUCGCAUACCAAAAGCCCCCCGGUCGAAGACCAAGCAGAAGAAGAAGAAGAACAAGGUGGCAUCUCCCACAUCGUCGGCACGAUCGUCGAGGUCGUCGACGUCGAGACCUUCGUACUUCACUGCGAUCGAGGAUGGUGGUGAAAUAACAGGGUCUCAGGAGUGUUCUACAUAUCGAUCUUAAUUUUAUUUUGCCUGAACAACACUCGAUUCUAUAGCUAUAGAUUCAGUUGAAGAACACAAAAUGAUUUGGUCGGUGUACAGUAUUUUACUAGAUUGGGAUGAAGCAUGAUUCUUUGAUUUGUUUA